GAAAAUGAUAUAAAUACAAAUCAUUUAAAAUUAGUUUUCAAUUGGACGAAGAAAGAUUAUUGAAAUAUUCAACAAAGGAAAAUACUCAAUAGAAUUCGGAACACAAUUCGGAUAAUUAACAAUUAAACAUGAGAAUACAAUUGUUGGAAUUAUUCAGUUUACUUAUGUUAACCAUUAUGAUUGUAUUAAUGGUCGAUGUCCAUAGUUUUACUGAAGAACAAAAUUCUUAUGAACAUUUAUAUGAACCACUCUAUGAAUACCGGGACUACAUCAACCAGGAAACGAUUCCAAACAAACGUUAUAUUAGAUUUGGAAAACGAGGAGCUAACUAUGUUAUGCGUUAUGGUGACAUUCCAACAUUAACACGGCACAAAACCCACUCCUUUUACGAUUUCUCAAGAGAAAGACAAUAAAAUUAUAAAUUAAUUCGUUUUUUUGUUUCUUUUUUCUAUUCAAAGAAGAGAGUUUUAUUAAAAACACAUAACAAAAUCUUUGGCAAUAUUUCACUUUCUGACUUUAUAUCUUCAUUAUAAAAUAAACAAUUGAACACCAUGA